AUGUCGACCCCAAAGGCUUCGGAUCUUGUUGAUAGCUCUCCUUCGACUCCCAAUUACCCUGGGGUCGCCCCAUCUGGGGAAGAUGCUCUAGCUGAAGCAUCAAAGCCGAAGACAGCAAAGCAGUUGGCGGCCGAGGCCAAGAAAGCCGAAAAGGCGAAGAAAUUCCUCGAAAAGAAAGCCAAGUCGGAAGCUCUCGCUCAAGCAUCGCAACCAAAAGCUAAGAAGGAGAAGAAAGAGGAGGCUCCAGUUGAGGAAUACGUCGAAGAGACUCCGGCAGGGCAGAAGAAGAUCCUGAAACCUCUUGGCAAAGCGUACGACCCGAUCGCCGUUGAAUCCGCAUGGAAUGCAUGGUGGGAACAGGAAGGCUUCUUCAAGCCUGAAAUGAAGGCGGAUGGAAAGCCGAAGGAUGAAGGUGUUUUCGUCAUUACAGCUCCACCACCCAACGUUACUGGUGCCCUCCAUAUUGGACACGCAUUGGCCGUAUCGCUCCAAGAUGUUCUUGUUCGAUGGAAUCGUAUGCAAGGAAAGACUGUUCUUUUCCUACCGGGUUGCGAUCACGCUGGUAUUUCGACACAAAAUGUCAUUGAAAACCGGUUAUGGAGACAGAACAAGCAGACCAGAUAUGAUGUUGGUCGAGAGAAGCUCGUAAAAUUGAUUUGGGAGUGGAAAGAGGAGUACCACGCCAAGAUCAACAAGUCCUUCCGGGCUAUGGGUGCUUCCUUCGAUUGGUCUCGCGAGGCAUUUACUAUGCAAGAUUCUUUCCAGAACGCUGUUGCCGAUACUUUCACCAGACUCCACGACGAGGGCGUUAUUUACCGAGGUCAUAAACUUGUCAACUGGUGCCACAAACUCAACACUUCUUUAUCCAAUCUAGAAGUUGACAAUAAGCAGCUGAACGGCCGGACGCUAUUGACCGUUCCUGGAUAUGAUAAGAAGGUCGAAUUUGGUGUCAUUAUCCAUUUCAAAUACCCCAUUGUCGCUAGCGAUGAGUUCCUGGAAGUUGCGACAACACGUAUUGAGACCAUGCUGGGUGAUAGCGCCAUCGCCGUCAAUCCAAAUGAUCCGAGAUACAAACAUCUUAUCGGCAAACGUGCUAAACAUCCAUUCAUCCCCGACAGAAUCAUGCCAAUUGUCGCCGAUGAUUAUGUCGAUGUUGACUUUGGUACCGGUGCUGUCAAGAUUACUCCUGCUCACGAUUUCAACGAUUAUGCACUUGGCAAGAGACAUAGCCUCGAGUUUAUCAAUAUCCUGAACGAUGACGGAACCAUGAAUGAGAACGCUGGACCUUAUCAAGGAAUGAAGAGAUUCGACGUCCGAUACAAGAUUCAAACCGACCUCAAGGAGCUAGGAUUGUACGUUGAGACCAAAGACAAUCCGAUGCAAAUUCCACUUUGCGAGAAAUCUAAGGAUGUUAUUGAGCCACUUCUCAAGCCGCAAUGGUGGAUGAAGAUGAGUGAUAUGGCUCAGGCUGCAAUCGACCACGUUAAAGCUGGAGAAGUCAAGAUUAAGCCUCAAACCUCAGAGAACGACUACUACAGAUGGUUAGAAGGAAUCCAGGACUGGUGUUUGUCUCGACAACUCUGGUGGGGACAUCAACCCCCAGCUUACCACAUCCAAUUUGAGGGGGAGACUUCGUAUAUUGAUGAUGCAGACCACUGGGUUGUUGCUGUAACUCGGGAAGAUGCAGAGAAGAAAGCCGCUGAGAAAUACCCUGAGCGGAAGUUUACUCUUGAACAGGAUCCGGAUGUCCUUGACACAUGGUUUUCGUCGGGUCAAUGGCCCUACUUCACUAUGGGCUACCCGGACAGAACUGAUGAUCUUAAGUACUUCUACCCCAGUUCGCUCAUGGAAACUGGUUGGGAUAUUCUCUUCUUUUGGGUUGCUCGUAUGAUCAUGCUUGGAGUCAAACUUAUGGGUGGCGUUCCCUUUAACGAAGUGUACUGCCACGGUCUCAUUCGUGACUCUGAGGGCCGAAAGAUGUCUAAGUCUCUUGGUAACGUCAUUGACCCACUUGAUGUUAUCCGAGGUAUCUCCCUUAAAGGACUACAUGAUAAGCUUGAAGGUGGAAAUCUGGACCCUAAGGAAGUUGCCACUGCUACCAAAUAUCAGAAGACCGCCUUUCCCCAGGGUAUCCCCCAGUGUGGUGCUGACGCAUUGAGAUUUACUUUGAUAUCCUAUACUACUGGAAGUUUGGAUAUCAAUACUGAAAUCAACGUCUUCCACGGUUAUCGAAAGUUUUGUAACAAGAUCUUCCAGGCGACCAAGUUCGUCCUCGGAAACCUUGAUGAAAACUUCACGCCUCAGAAGACCGUCCUUUCUGGCAAAGAGACCUUGGCUGAGAAGUGGAUCUUGCAUAAACUUAACCAUACCGCUAAGAUUGUCAAUGAGACAUUACAGUCGAAAGACUUCUUCAAGGCAACAGACGCUGUUUACCAAUACUGGUAUAGCAACCUUUGUGAUGUCUACAUCGAAAACUCCAAAGCUUUGAUCCAAGAUGGAACCCCAGAAGUUCGGGAGUCUGCUAAACAAACUCUUUAUACCGCCAUUGAGGGUGCGCUACUUCUGAUCCAUCCAUUCAUGCCAUUCAUUUCCGAGGAACUUUGGCAACGUCUCGCUCGCCGCCCAGGCGACUCUACCCCAUCGAUCACCAUCGCCAAGUACCCGGUUUUCACCGAAGAACUUCACGACCUUGAGAGCGAGCGUGCUUACGAGCUUGUCUUGGAUGUUUCUCGAGGUGUCAGAAGCUUGAUGGCUGAGUACAUGAUUAAAGAUGAGGGUCAACUAUUCGUCCAAGUCGAUGAUAAGGAAAGCCUUUCCAUUGUCGAGGAAAACCACACUAGCAUCAAGACUCUCUCCGGAAAGGGUGUCAAUGCCCUUGAUAUCGUCUCCAUUGGCGGUGAAACACCGAAGGGAUGUGUUGCUCUGCGUGUUAACGCAAGUGCCGUUGUGUACUUGAGUGUCAAGGGACGUGUUGACUUUGACCAGGAAAUUCAAAAGGCACAACAGAAGCUCGAUAAGGCUAAGGAUGGACUGACGAAGCAGGAGAAGUUGUUGAGUGAUAAGAACUAUUUGAGCAAGGCUAAUAAGGCUACACAAGAGGCCGAUGCCAAGAAGUCGGAGGAGUUUAAGGCGCAGAUUGGAACUUAUGAGGAGAGCAUUCGGGCUUUUGAACGGUUGAAGUUGGAGUAA